AGUGAUGCAGAAUAGCUGCGACCGCCGCAGCAACCGCGCCAACAGCUACUGCAGUUCCGACUUCUGCGGUGGCUGCCGCCGCCGCCGCGUUACAUCCUGCCGGGAGUGGAAGGGCAGCGCGGCCCCGGGGACCCGGCGGGGGGAUGGCGGAGCCCGGAGGGGCAUCCUCAGGUGCGGGUGGAGCCGGCGGGAACUCCGCGGGGCCCGGCGGGACCGAUCCGGCCUCGCUGCCCCCCGGCGACGCGCAGCUCAUCGCCCUCAUCGUGGGACAGCUCAAGAGCCGCGGCCUCUUCGACGCGUUCCGCCGGGACUGCCUGGCCGACGUCGAUACCAAGCCAGCUUACCAGAAUUUGAGACAGAAAGUGGACAACUUUGUAUCUACCCACCUGGAUAAGCAAGAAUGGAACCCAGCAAUGAACAAAAACCAGCUGCGGAACGGGCUCAGACAAAGUGUGAUUCAGUCAGGGAUGCUGGAAGCUGGAGUGGACAGAAUAAUUUCUCAGGUGGUGGAUCCAAAACUAAACCACAUCUUCAGACCACAGAUAGAGAAGGCAAUUCAUGAUUUCCUGGCUGCGCAGAAGAAAGAGGAAUCAGUGCCAGCUCCUCCCCCAGAACCUGAGAGUCAGGAUCCUUCCGCUCCAACCCAAGAUGCCUCUUAAGUGCAUAUCUGGAUUUAAGGUGGCUGCAGUUUCAAAACCAAGGCUGACUAUUUGGCAGCAGGCUACAUAUCUGCAGGAAUACAGAUUGUCAGCUAAUAUCAACUGUGAUUGAGGAACAGGGUUGGCAAAAGUCACCAGUGGUUUCUGUGUGGUAUGGAGGGAUAAGCUAGAUGUGAAAGAGUAUUGCUAUUUUCUGAAGUAGCAUCUGUUUGGCUAUUUCUAUGUUUGGGGAGUGGCACCUUUUAAGGAGCCACAAUAGGGGAAAGGGUUUCUGGUGUGAUGUUAGUGGAUUUGGUGGUAUUUGGAAAUGUAGCAAUAGGAAAGGGGGCAUUUUAAGUAUGCUUGGUUUCCUCAGAGGCCACUGUGUCAGAAGACCUUUGGCUGGGUAAUUGAGCAGUGGGCAUGCAAGCAUGAAGCAGAUCAAUUUAGUAGAAAAAGAUCCUUGGGGCCUAGAACCUUACUGAAUUUAAGUAAUACCUCACUUGCAGUGCCUAACCAAGUCUCCUUCAACAGCAAGAAUUUUUCAUAAUUGGCUUUCUACAAGUGUCCAAAGCAAAGCCUCUCCAGAUUUCUGGAGGCGAUAUCUGUCAUACCUUGAUGCUCAGCUCCCUUCCCAGCCUGAUCAAAGAAAUUGGUAUGGAACAAGAAAUGGUUUCUGGGGGCUUUGCAGUUGGAAAAAGUUCUCUCGUUUGUGAGAUUCUUCAGGUGCCUGUUCAAAGCUGCUUAGAGAGUCACAUAAACUCUCCGGUGGACAUUUGUGCACAAAUAUUUGGCAAGCAAAUAUCUGGAACACUUUUAAUAAUAAAACGCUAGAAAAAUCUCAGAUGUGGAAGUGUUUUAUAUAUGAAUGCCUUUUCCAUCACAGUGAACUGAUGUAUCUGCACAGUGAUAUUUGCUGUCCAUUUCUAGGGAUUUCUUAGGAAUUUGUAAGGGUGAGAAGGCUUCAAAAAUUGAAUGUUUGACAUCUGAAUAAGUGUUCUGAUCGCAGUGUGCCUUCAUAAAGCAGUAUCUUCACCCUAGUUAAAUAAACUGUGGUUUAGUGCAAUGUGCAAACUAGGCUAAUAUGUUCGGGACUAUAUCAUUCUUACUCUACAGGAAGUAUUUGUAAUGUUUUAUCUCACUUUCCAUAUUUUUUACAUGCAAAAAGUCCUGUAAUUGCUAACAAUGUAGUUUAAGGAUAGGUGUGUAAACUUGCACUCAUUCUAAAUUUGUUCUUCAAAUUAUAAUAGAAGUACAAUAAAUUUGAUAUACAUUUUUAAUUUUGUUUAAGUCAUCCAUUAUGUCCAGAUAGUCUGCAGUAUCAAAUAUUUCCUUUGAAAAUACUGAAUUUAUGGACUUCAGAGUGAGGAACAGCAAGCUAACAUGUCCCCGAACAAGUGGAGAUGAUGUUGCAGUCAUGACCGAAGGACCAGCGAGUAGACUGGUCCCACAAAACCUCUCUGGAAAAGGAGAGGACAGGAGAUUGCCCACUUGUGUUCCGGACAGCUGCUCCUUGUGAAGAGAUCACAGGACAGCAGUUUCCUGCGGGUUUGAGCACCAGGAGACGAAGGGAAGCCAUUAAGCUGUCAACCACGACAGAGUCUUUUUAAGGAAACUGGGUUUGUUAACCUCACUUACUAAUCACUUUUGGAAAUCAACUAUUUAACUAUCUUAAGGCUAAUAGAGACCUUCAAAAUGACAAGUUA